AUGCACGAUCAAACAGUCAAAGAUGAGCCAUCCAAAGCCAUCCAAGAACGCAUAUACACACGCAGAGAGAACCAUGAGGCCGAAACAGGUGCUGAGCCGGAUGAAGCCAGUAUCAACCGCGUAUACAGGAAACUGGACCUUCGCAUCAUCCCCGCCUUCUGGGUCCUCUACUUCCUCUGCUCAGCCAUCCGCUCUAACGUAGGGCUGGCCCAAACCAUGAACGCAAACGUGCAUCACGACCUAGGCUCCGUCCUGCACCUGACGCCUCACCAGGUCUCGACAGGUCUAGCACUAUUCUACGUGUGCUACGUCGUGUUUGAUCUCCCCUCGAACCUAGCCAUGCUGAGACUCAGUCCGCAUGUGUGGAUGAGCCGGAUCGUGGUUAGUGUGGGCGUUAUCGGGGCUUGCAUGGCUGCCAUGAGAGCAGCGUGGAGCUUUUAUCUCCUUCGUCUCCUGCUUGGUAUCGUUAUUGCGGGCAUGUGGCCUGGUAUGACCUAUUAUCUUUCCCUCUUUUACCCCCCGUCCCAGAUGGGGAAAAGGACGGGUCAGUAUUACACCGCUGCACAGGUUUCUGCUGCUGUCGUGGGGUUGGUCUCGGCCGGGUUUCAGAAGAUGGAUGGUGAGCGUGGUCUUGUCGGGUUUCGGUGGAUGUUUCUUGUUUACGGGGUUGUUACUGUUAUCAUUGGGGUUGGGCUGCUGUGGUGGUUGCCGGAUCGGCCUGUUCCUCCUGCUAGUUUCCAGCAGCAACAUGGUCAGGAUGGAGAAGAAGAAGAGGAGGAGGGGAAAAGGUCUCGCGGGAAAUAUAUCUAUUUCCUACGGAAAUUCUGGCCGAAAAGCCCCCCCGCUCUGGCUGGGAGAGAUGCGGAAAUCCACUACCACGACCUGCGCCGCGUGUAUCAUCGCUCCCGGUGGACGUUCUCAGACCUGCUCGCCGUUUUUGCGGACUGGCGUCUUUGGCCGCUCGUGAUUAUGUAUUUCGGCGUCGUGGGCGUCGGGAUCGGGGUACAGAGCUACAGUACUGUGAUUAUCAAGGCAACGGAUUCGUCGUUGACGGGUGUGGAAUUGAGUCUUCUUUCUGCUCCGAUAUGGAUAAUGGACCUCAUCGCCAUCCUCCUAAUAACCCCCCUCUCAGACCGCUUCCACCACAACCGCCCCCUUUUCUUCACCAUCCCGGUCCUGAUACAAAUAACUGGCCUCCUCCUAACUACCUACGCAGGUACAGAAUCAAACCCCUGGCCCCGCUACGGCGGCCUGCUCAUCGUCGGCUUCGGUCUCGGCCCCACAGUCCCCAUAACCAUGACCUGGACCACGGAGAUCUUCCAGCCGCGACACGGCGAGGUGGGUGUUGCCGCAGCUUCGGCUGUUGUCUCUGGUUUGGGGAAUCUCGGGAGUAUUCUGACUACUUAUGCAUUGUAUUCGGGGUGGGAGAGUGAUUAUCUUGCGCCUGGACGGAGGAAGUAUCGGAAGAGUAAUUUGGUAAUGGUUGGGAUUUUGGGAGGAAGUGUUCUUGCUGCUUUGAUUAUGGGGGUUUUGGUUAGGGUUUUUGAUCAUGCUCCUGCUCAUACUAAUGACAAUAAUACUAAUACUGACGAUAAUGGGAAUGAUGUGGAUGGGGCGGCGAAGAGACUUGCUAGUCAGAGGGGAUUCUCUAGGAGGAAAAUGUGA